AUGAGUGAUAUACGAUUGCCUACAUGCAUCGAACAGUUGCCCAAUGAAGUUUUCUUGGAAAUAUUCGGUUAUUCACAUCGCGAUCAUGUUGAUCUAUGUCGAGCUUGGGCAAAUCUCACUUUUCGCCUCAAUUCUAUUCUACGUUCUGCUCGUUCUUGUCUUCACGUAUUCUCAGAUGGCGAUUUAAGAUGGGAUUCGAAGUAUCUGCAAGAAUGGGCCGAAAUUGUUGUUUCUUUCAAAGAUCAUCGCCGAACAUGGGGUGCAUGGGAUGAAACAUAUACUAAACUUCAAUACAUAGAUAUUCGACCAUUUAUUAAUUUACGAAGAUUCUCUCAGAUGCAUGAAGAGUCUGGAUUAUUGAGUCAGAUUUCUCCUGCAAAUUUUCCACGUUUAGAAUGUCUUCAUUUCAGCUAUUACAAAGCAGACAGUUAUUCAAGAAUUCUUUUCGAUGAUCCAUUUCCAUUUCUUACCUCAGUUAGUGGUGUAUAUCUCGUUAGAACAUUAUGCGAAGGUACAACAACGAAUAAUAUUAUUCGUCGAAUUGUCGUUACGUUUGAUUAUGAAGCUAAUUUAUUUCCAUUAUUGAUUAGUUUCAUCAAGCGUUUACCAAAUCUUACUACACUACGGGUCGAUGCUAGAAAGUUAGAAGAAACCGCUCUUCCAUGUAAAAUUACGACGAAAAUUCGUACUCUAAGCAUAAACGCUAAUUAUGAUAUUAAUCUCGAUGAAAUCGAGUUUUUGCUUCAGAUUGGUCCUGUCAAACGAUUUUAUCUUCAAAUAGGUACAGCUGACUACCGGAAUAGUGGAGAAAAACCAUUCGAUUUCGUUCGAUUGGCUCAAAUCUUACGAAGUUGCCAAACACUUCAACAUGUCGAACUUCGAGUUUGGUUGAACCAUGAAGGGCCUGACAUCGAACAAAUUCGUGCACUGAGUCCUUGGUUGGCAACCAUUGAUUUGGAAUAUAUGCGUUAUCAUGACAGAUAUUCGUUACAAACAUUUCAACAUCGUUUUGAUGACAAGCAUAUCCAUUUCUAA